ACAUAAAGAGAUUCGAGGGCCUUUUUGAAGGGGCAGGGCCGGGUCGGCGCGCAGACGUUCGUGCGCAGCGGGGCGCGGGGCACCCGGGGGCGGCCCAGUCCCGCGCCGAGCGCCGCUCGGGCUGGCCGCGUCACGAGCCGCAUGAGCGCGCCGGAGUGCUAGCGCAGGUGCGCGGGUGUGGUAUGCCCGCGCGUCGCCGCCAUGGCCCCUCUGCUGGUGGCCUUGGCGCUGAUGACCUUGCUGCCCGUGUCGGAGCAAGGUCCCCACGAGAAGCGUCUACUGAACGCUCUACUGGCGUCAUACAACACGCUGGAGCGACCGGUGGCCAACGAGAGCGAGCCGCUCGAAGUCAAGUUCGGCCUGACGCUUCAGCAGAUCAUAGAUGUGGACGAGAAGAAUCAACUACUUAUAACCAAUAUAUGGCUGUCAUUGGAAUGGAACGACUACAACCUGAGGUGGAACGAUAGCGAAUACGGCGGCGUCAAAGACCUGCGCAUCACACCCAACAAACUGUGGAAGCCAGACGUUCUUAUGUAUAAUAGUGCUGAUGAGGGUUUUGACGGGACCUACCAGACCAAUGUGGUGGUCAGAAACAACGGCAGUUGCCUGUACGUGCCCCCGGGCAUUUUCAAGAGCACAUGCAAGAUAGACAUCACGUGGUUCCCCUUCGACGACCAACACUGUGACAUGAAGUUCGGUAGCUGGACCUACGAUGGCAACCAGCUGGAUCUGGUGCUUAAGGAUGAGAAUGGUGGCGAUUUGUCCGACUUCAUUACAAAUGGAGAGUGGUAUUUAAUAGGUAUGCCAGGAAAAAAGAACACGAUAACAUAUGCGUGUUGUCCAGAGCCGUACGUGGAUGUGACUUUUACCAUCAUGAUAAGAAGAAGAACGUUAUACUACUUCUUCAAUCUCAUAGUUCCAUGUGUCCUUAUCUCUUCGAUGGCUCUCCUGGGCUUCACUCUUCCACCAGACUCUGGAGAAAAACUAACACUCGGAGUCACUAUUCUUCUAUCGCUGACGGUGUUCCUCAACCUGGUAGCCGAGACCCUGCCGCAGGUCUCCGACGCGAUUCCCUUGUUAGGUGUUACGAUCCUCCUGUCGCAAACAGUUUUCUCUCUAUUGGUGGGGCACGUUAUCACAAAAACGUCAGAGGCCAUCCCCCUGAUAGGGACGUAUUUCAACUGCAUCAUGUUCAUGGUGGCGUCGUCGGUGGUGCUAACUGUUGUGGUGCUGAACUACCACCACCGCACCGCCGACAUACACGAGAUGCCACAGUGGAUAAAAUCCGUGCUCCUGCAAUGGCUGCCAUGGAUACUGCGGAUGUCAAGGCCGGGCAAGAAGAUUACACGCAAGACCAUCAUGCUCUCCAACCGGAUGCGUGAGCUGGAGCUGAAGGAGCGCUCGUCAAAGUCGCUGCUGGCCAACGUGCUGGACAUAGACGAUGACUUCCGGCACGGGCCGCCAGCGCCUAACAGUACGGCAUCGACGGGGAACCUUGGACCAGGCUCCCCCAGAUGCUCCAUCUUCCGCACCGACUUUCGCCGCUCGUUCGUGCGGCCGUCGACGAUGGAGGACGUGGGCGUGGGCCACCAUCGGGAGCUGCACCUUAUACUGCGGGAGCUGCAGUUCAUCACAGCGAGGAUGAAAAAGGCGGACGAGGAGGCGGAGGUCAUCAGCGAUUGGAAGUUCGCGGCUAUGGUUGUGGACAGGUUUUGCCUGUUCGUGUUCAGCCUGUUCACGAUCAUCGCGACGGUGGCGGUGCUGCUGUCUGCGCCGCACAUCAUCGUACAGUGAGGACGCACGCGCCCCACGCACCGAGAGAGAACUAUGCUUAACGUAGUCUACGAUACCCUGCGCCCCUAUCAAAACGGCCACGUCGAACAGUGUAAUAGGUCAAUCUGACGACACCUUUGUAAUCUCAUUCUGACCUACUACUGUGCGCCUAUUAUUGUUACCUGUCUGUGGCGCAGUGGAUACGUCUAAUUUUAAAACUGUAUAAUAUUAUAUCUAAAUACGUGGUUCAAGCGCACACGGUCCCUAAACCAAGUCGAAAGACGGUAAAUAUAAAUAACAUACGUUACGUAGUAAGUCCGACAUAAUUAUAAAAUGAUUGUGAUGUUGACUAGGAUGUUAUACAGAUAAACGUUGACAGUUAUAAUUUGUUAAAAAUGUAAUAAUAUUACUUAUUAAAGGUAAAAGAGGAUUUAAUGAAUUGUUUUAAAGGAACGCUCGAAAGGUUUGGCUCCGUGCGGCAUAGAUUUUUGUUUUAAAAUUUUUAAUAAACAAUUUACGAAAUAUACAACUGAUAUUGAAGAAUUUUACUGACAAAUUAUUUAUUUAAUACAGUUUAAUACAUGCACAAUCGACAUAUAUAUUUUGUAUUGGCGUUUAAGAUAGUUGUUAAUUUUGGAAUUGGGAUCUUAGAGGCGAGAGGGACGAGGCGCCCGCUUGGGUCGUAAUCCUUUAAGCAAAUGAGGGAUCACAGAUGAUGACAUUACCUUAGGGUAGUAAGUAACGUGUAUAUAACAUAAAGGAUCAAAUAUUGGUAGACUCGACUUACAAUACGUCGUUAAGGUUAUGUUUUAAGAUAGAUCUAUACGCGAGUACGCGUCACGAGCGACGCGACGCGGAUAUCCGGGAUCUCGGUUCACUUGUUUACCUUUAAUUUCCGUUGGAGCUCCAGGAAUUGUUUAAGUCGUGGAAUUGAUACAAAAUAAACAAUUAACAUGAUGGAACCAAAGUAAUGGUAGAUAGUUAAAAUUAUUGUAAAAGAAAAACAUAAAAUAAACGUAAAAUCAUCAAUUACAUCUCAAUUGUGUAAGUGAGCAUAACCGCAGUAUUAAGGACGUAGAUGAAUUGGAACGUAUUCAAAUUUAUUCGAGUCAUUGAGCGUAAGCACGACACGAAGUACUAGGAGCAUUCUAGUGGUUAUUUUAUCUACCUAGUCCCUUUAGCGACCUAGCGAGCGCGGCGGCGACGCAUUUGGGAAACGUUUAUCAAUAAUGUACAUAAUAGUUAUCAAAUAUUAACGUGUGUAUUUGUACAUAAUACCAAAAAAUGCAGCAAAAAAUAAUUAUUAUUCAUUUUGGAACAGUUACUGGUACGAAUUGCGAAUUUAUUGUAAUUAACUAGUUUCAGCACGAAAGAAAAAAUUGAUAAUGGUUUAUCUGUUUCGAUGGUAAACGACUUUCUUCACAGCACGCUCUGGGCUAUAACCGCGGAAAUCGAAGUUCGUCAAUUGCGGGCAUUUUUCUCUGCCACUCUAAUUACGUCUAAGUAAGAGUAAAAGAGAAAGAUCCCCGCAAUUUGCGAAUUUCGGUUUUCGCGGUAGGCCCCCUGUACUCUCCAGUAGGUAGUGCCGUCGACCCGUGUACCUUAUGCACUGCAGCGGUUGCAGCAACUCGCGCAGCAAUAGCUCGCCACGCUCCCGUAGUACUUUUCGCCCUCUAGCACGUAUCGUAGCAACUAAACUAUAUCGUAUAAUAGUCGUAUUAUUUAAUGAAAAUAACACUAAUUCACGUCUUAAUCUAUGUCCGUUCCUCAAUUUCGCUCUUAUAGAUGUCGUGAUAGCCUAGUGAAUGUCGUGUCCCUUAAUAAAAAUAAGGCUAUGGUUAUAAAGGAAAUAUGUUAAGGAAGCUCAUUAGUUUAGAAUAAAAUUUUAUGCAUCUCGGUGUGUUCUUUCUAAUACAAUUUAAAAUAAGAAAUCGUUUUGUGUUUAUCAUCGAACAACGUUAGUAGGAUCGUUGAAUGGUUAUUUGAUUUAUGUGUGUUUGUUAAUAUGACUUAAUACCUAGUUCAUAUUUAGCGUAUAUUUUAAAGUACUUUAAUAUUAUUUUAUAACUUUCAUGUAGGAUUAAAUUUGUUCGAUUAGUCCAUUUUAUAUAUUUCAAUAUAGUUUUGAAUUGAUCGCGUGGUGCUCAACUAAUAUCAUGAAAGCAAAUUUUAACUCCGUAUAAUAUGUAUUUCUUACAAAAACUACAACAUUUUAAUUAUCUAUAUGUAUUAAGCUUAUAUAAGUAGUCCUAUGUAUGAAAAUGUCUUAAUUAACCUUAUACUUUUCAAAAUUAUGUUUUACUAUCCUAAAUGAUGUGUAAAAGUAACACUGUACUUACCUACCUAUUUCUGUCGAAAUUAAUUAAUAAUAAGGAAAAAUGAAAUUGUAAAAUUAAUUGAUAUAUAUAUAUUUAAUUAGAUUUGUUAGUGCCAAACGUUAGGGUUUAUAAAUGAUACAUUAAGUUGGUUUAUAGGGGUAUAAAUAAAGGACGUUGAGGAUUUUAUUGUAAAAAUAAUAAAAAAACGAACUAGGGUCUUUGUUAACAAGUAAUUUAAUGUUAAUGUUGUCGGGACAUCGGGUCGCCACGACGGGGUAUCAGCCAGUCUUAAAAGCUUAUUUUGUUUAAAAAAAUAUGAGGUUGUGAAACGAUUAUAAUUCUUGUGGUUGCGGCCCAAUGUCUCAUUAAAAUAGAGUUAAGGACAGAUUGUGGGAGUCGACUCGUAAAUUUAUGUAAUAUCGUCUUAAAUUAAGUACCGACCAUAAAAAUAAUCGUUGCUAAGUUGCAUUUGGAUAAAAAUAGCGACUUACAUCCUUUAUUGAACAUUAGUUAUGUAAAAUUAGACGUUAAUGAAAUUAAACGCUAUUUGAAAACAUCUAUUGGUCUCCAAGCCUACUCUCACAAUAAGUCUUCAACUUGAAUUUUAAACGCGAGUAGAAAAUUAUCUACAAAUAAUAUUAAUGCUAUAAAAUAACGCCUGCUUUGGACCGGGUCACAACUAAACAGAAAUGAACUGACGCACACUUUCAUCUGCAGACUUUACAAAUUCUCUUUUUAAGUUUUAAUGUUUUAAGCUCGACCGCCGAGGUAUAUUCAUGGGAGAACUUUCAAGUUACGGGCGAAGUUUGUACGAGAUUUGCCUUUCCAUGUAGGUUUAAUAGAAGCGUGGUAAACCUUGGAAGGAAUUUUCUUUACGAGCUUUCCUUCAUAAGAGACAACAAGUCAAUAUAAUGUAAGUUUUACAGCUCUUUGCAAGUUAUAACCUUCUUGACGCAAAGUACACAAACUGUAGGCAACAGGCGCGCGUCCGAUACGCAUCUCCCGGAAUUUCUUCACAGUCUCCCGCUCGGUAAUGCGGCGUCAGCCAUUUUGUAAUCACGCAAAAUGGGGCCUGCCAAAUUCGUAUAGUUUACUUUGUUAUCUUUUUUUUUAUAAAGACUUAAGAAUAAUAUGACACUGCCAGUAAGCGCAAGUUAAGUAGGUCUUUGUGAUUUGUCCUAUUUUAAGAAAUAACUUCAGCUUUAAAAUGAUUCAUGCAUUUGCAUGUUAUAGCUCGAACGCUAGUUACAAACACUUGAAAUUUGCACAUGGACUGUAUUUAAGUGUUAGAAGUUGAAAGGCCAAAUCAUAUAAACUUUAGCCAAAUUUAGUAAUCAGUGCUUUCCUGCCUUGUUCUCUCAACUCGCGUCUUGUUUUAGGCAACAGCACCAACUCUUUCCGAAUUUCGCUUCAACACUAAGGAACCACUAUACACUUAACCGUAAUCAAAUAUGUCUAUAUUUAAAUAUACACAAAUCUUUUCAUGGUGUUUAAAUGGCAUACAAAUAUGAAUUUAAGGGUUUUUCUUAACAUUAUUUUUAGUAAAAUGACAACCCAAAUCAGUUUUGAAAAUGAACUUUGACAUAACAAUAUGUUAACCUGUAGGCUAUUUCGUAAACAUUUGCUUUAGCUUUGACCUUAAAAAUCAUACCAAAAGUCUAUUAACAAAAUUAUUUAUAUAAACUAGUUCACUUUGUAUGUCCUGAAAACAUUAUUCAUCACUGCACAAUAGGGAACUAAAUGCUUUAAUCUCGAAACAGGUAUUUUGGACUCUAAUGUACAUUCUCUAUCACUCACGCUGUAUACUAAUAAAUACUUACUUACUUCACUGGAUCAGUGACCCAAAAAGGAUCUUGGCCUCUGACACAAGAGAACUAGUAAAUAAAUAUGUAUUAUUUUAUUUGUACAAUAAACUCUUACAAUGAACGUGGCUGAAAUUUUAUAACUAAUAGAAGCUGUAAUAAAUUAAACAGACUGUUCGAAGUCUAUGGAGACUUCAUUUUCAUUUUCGAUAAGUUGAGUCAUAACGGUAUGACUCGACUUAUUAAUCUCAUCUGAAGCGACAAAGCUUUUCUGGCUUCUCACGAUUAUAAAAUUCAUAUUUUGACAUUUAAUGAGUGAAUUCCAUUCAUAAUGUGUUCACGCAAAUUUGCAGGUCGCUGUGCAGGUGCUGUGUACCUAUGCAUUUUCGUAGAUCGGGCUUAUUUCUAGUUAUUACUUUUAAUGUAACGAGGGGGGGGGGGGGGGUUAGGGUCGGCAACGCGCAUGUAACUCCUCUGGAGUUGCAGGCGUACGUAGGCUACGGAGACUGCUUACCAUCAGGCGGGCCGUAUGCUUGUUUGCCACCGACGUAGUAUAAAAAAACACAAUAAUGUUUUUCACGUAGUAUAAAAAAACACUAUAAUGUUUUUCACGUGAGUUUUAUAAAUGUAUAAAAUAUGUAUGACUCCGCUGUCGCAGCAUAUAGCAUUUAUAUUGCCUGUUAUUAUGCCCGUCACAUCGACAGACGAUCAAAAUGCGACCGUGCUACGGGGCCAUAACUCUUUAUUAUGCAUUACAUCUAAUCAAAAAGUAACUACAAAAAUUGAAAAUGGCACAAGUAUAUUUAUUUUCUGCUUAAAUUGUCCCUCAAACCCUCGAACUACAUUGUCAUAAUCUAAAAAUUUGAUAGUUGGACAGUGACUUGAGUGAACCCGUCUGACGAACGGUCCGAUUCGAACUUUAAGAUACGUCAAACAUUUGCUAAAUGUAAGAUAUGGAUUAGAUAUGUCAGUGUUAAAAGUGACGUUCCGUUAAACAAACACGUCACUUUUCUGACAUAUCCAAUCCAUAUAGAAUCUUCAGGAAAUUUUCACAGUUCGAAUCAGGCCGGUAGGCCAUAUUGCCUGUUUAAUGAAGCUAGACCGUUCCCCAUUUGUUAUUCGACGGAUCUCAGGAGCUAUCCCAUUAAGUCGUAUUGGCUGCUAUCGCUCGCAGACAUCUGAACGAUUCUCAAUACUAUAAUUAUUGGAGAUUUCUGUUUUCGGCUGUCUUUGUGUAGAUAUCUUGUUAUUUUGUAACUAAACUUAUUUAAUAACACAAUAACGUGCAAAUAGUAUAAACUAUUUCACGUAGUAAUGUUGUACUAAUUUGAAAGUUUUCGUUAGCGAUGAGGCUUAGAUUUUUAUAACAAUAUAAAAUAUUUUAAAUUUCAACCACGUUCCACAAAACACACCAUUUUUUUAAACUAAAAGGGUACAUAUUAUAAGAAGUCUUACGAAUCUGUUUCAUACAAUUUUAAUAAUUUUACUAUACUUAUUAGGUCAUAUUAUUUAGAAGGGGCAGUGCACUAGUCUUUCAUUUUAAAGGUAAUUUUUAAGACACGAUUAAGAAACUAGCUCAAGCAAGGAAUUAAACAAAGUUGUAUGUCUUAAAUACCUUAGUUAACACGCUUGCUUGCACUUUAAUUAUGAAAGGGUACAAAUUGAAACUAUAACAUUACACCUGGUGUGUUAGUUCUAUUAGCUUACUUGUUGCUCACUGUACUCUGUAGGCUCUGAAAACAGGGUAAGAUCAUUUGUAGCCAAACGAAUAUCUUUGGAAGUCUAUUUGGUCAUAAGCACUAACUAUACUAAAUUUAGACCAACACGUAAUUUAUUUUAUCGCUUUUUUCUGCAUGAAUCACUCCACAUUGUGUUCUCAGGGAUAAUAAAGCCUGUGAAAUAAUUAAUUAAAGUUAAUAAAACACGACUGCAGUAAGUUGAAUAAAUACAACCGAGUGUAAUGUAAGUUUGUAAUACAAAGCCCCUAUGGAGGUUUUUAUAAUAGUUGACAAAGUAAAUGAUACAAAGGUAAAUUUGUAAAAUAAAUAAUUCGACGGGUAAAAUGUUUAUUCGUUAAAAUUGAUUAUCAUAAGUAGCAUUCGAUUUGUAUAAAACUAAAAUAAAUUAAAGCAAUCUGAUUUAUACUAA